ACUCAUCCUAUAGGUCACAGUUUCUUGGGCACAUUUCCUCUGGGACCACCCCUCUCUUCCACAUCAGCUAGGUUAGGCACUCGGUUCUUCGCAUCCACAGCCCGUGCACACCUCACUGUAUAUAAUUCAUCACGUGGUAUCGUAUUUAUACGUGGCAAACCCCUUGAGGACAGCGACUGCCUCCUGUUUGUUUGCCACAGUCUCCAGCACCUAGGACAGGGCCUGGCAUGAAGUAGGUGCCCAGCGAAUAGUGAACGCAGGAGAGAAUGCGUGAGGGCGAGGGUCCUCUGGAAGGCAGAACUUAGUGUCUGAGACAGCGUGGGUUCUCUGUACAGUUAGGGCUCGGUGUACCUGUGAGGGAGUGUUGCUAGGGAGCACAGGGAUCAAAACCUAGCUCGGCCCAGCCUCCAUUACUGCGGCGGUGCAGUGCCCCCGCCCCUCCACCGCCGAAGCGGAAGUGGAGGCGUGGGCUUCCCAUGAUACCUCGCGGGGCGCCUGUUCAAACCGCACCGAGAAGAGGGAGGAGGUAGUGAUGGCGGCUCCGGAGCCGGAAGUGCUGUGUCCGACCACAGUACCUGCUUCCAUCCGGCGUCACUUAAAUCCCCGUAAGCGUCUGGGGUCGGGAGUCUCCUAGCCGCCACUCACACAGGAGUUUGCGGAGGGAAUGUGUCGGGCUGUUCCCUCCGCAGUACAAGGGAAUGAGAAGACUGACUUUGGCUUUUAAGUUUUUCAAGUGUCUGCCUUGUUCCUCUGCGCACCUACUAGAAUUGGAAUGGUAUGAGAAGUCAGAGGAAACCCACGCCCCCCAGAUAGAACUACUUGAGACUGCCUCCGCUCAAGAACCUUCCAACCUUUCGGAGCCCUUUCGCCCCAGAGACUGCAUGGUGCCAGUGGUGUUUCCCGGGCCUGUGAGCCAGGAAGGCUGCUGUCGGUUUACUUGUGAACUUCUAAAGCAUAUCAUGUACCAACGCCAACAACUGCCUCUGCCCUAUGAACAGCUUAAGCACUUCUACCGAAAACCUUCUCCCCAGGCAGAAGAGGUGAUGAAGAAGAAACCUCGGGCCACUGUUGAGGUGAGCAGCAGGAAAUGCCAACAAUCCUUGGCAGAACUGGAGAGUGUCCUCAGCCACCUAGAAGGUCUCUUUGCCCGGACACUAGUACCCCGAGUGCUAAUCCUCCUUGGCGGCAGUGCCCUAAAUCCCAAGGAGUUCUACGAGCUUGACUUGUCCCGGUUGGCCCCCAACAGCAUGGACCAGAGCCUGAGCACAGCAGCUUGUUUGCGCCGUCUCUUCCGAGCCAUUUUCAUGGCUGAUGCCUUCAGUGAGCUACAGGCUCCUCCACUCAUGGGCACCAUUGUCAUGGCACAGGGGCACCGUGACUGUGGAGAAGAUUGGUUUCAACCCAAGCUCAACUACCGAGUGCCUACCCGGGGUCACAAACUGACUGUGACCCUGUCCUGUGGCAGGCCCUCUAUCCCAACCACAGCCUGGGAGGAUUACGUUUGGUUCCAGGCACCAGUGACACUUAAAGGCUUCCAUGAGUGAAUGGGGGUGCUUCUUAAACAUGAACACAAUGGCUUCAGAUAUCUUUCCCCCUCUGGCACCAGGUCACCCAUCUUUUGUUUAGAGCUAGAGUUGCUUCCUGGUGAGAGGAAUGUUCUGUUCUUCCGGCUGCCUGCCUCCCUUCCUCAGACUUCCUGGUGGGCUGAUUGGCUGUGGCUGUCAUAAUUAUCAUUGAACAACAUCUCUUUGAAUCAAAGGUUGAUUUUCCCAGAAGGUGCUGGGUGAGGCAUUUCUGUUCAGGGAUGGAAAACAAGUAUGAGUCCAUAGACAGACACUCUUAUGGAAGUGGCUUUUUGCUGUGGCCUUUCAGAAUUUUUACCAGGGACAUAAUGAACUUAAAUGUAAAAAUGAAUGGAUCCAUAUUAAAUUAUCUGAGACUCUUGUUUUAAAGA